AUGGCGGUUGGCGCUCCCCCCUCACUGGCCGAGCUGCGCCUCCGCGAUCCCCCUGGAUUGCAAGACCUUGAGCCCGCCAUAUGGGCCAUAAUCUUCUCCUUCCUCGACUCGGCCCAGACCGUCGCACGCAUUGCAACGACCUGCAGGACACUGGACGCCGUUGCUCGGGCCCAAGGCUGGUCUUGCUUCGUCAGGAGCCGGUUCGCAACCCUCGCGCUUCCGAAGAGGCUGAGCGACGAGGAAUGGGCUGCGCUGGCGAGGAAGCUCACUUCACAAUCGGCCGCCUGGGACCGCCGCGCAUUUUCCGUCACCUCACUCGUUCCUCCCGUCCAACCGCGCGGAGACGACCAAAGUCAUGGUCGAGGUCGAGGCCGAGGCGCUCGUGGUCAAGGACGUCGCGGCCGCGGCGGUGCUGGUCCGUCGAGCAGGCAAACCUUUCCCGCGCACGUCGUCGUCGACGCGGCCUCCCAGUGGCAAGGCACAACCGAGGAGGAGAUGGUCGCCUGGGGCCUCGGCGAGGACGUCAUCAUUCGAUCCCGAAAGUUGACCCGAUCCAUUCUCCAAGCCGAAACCUGGGUGUCCCUCCCGGGAGCCGAGGCUGGCUUCAGGGGCGGUGAAGAUGACGUGACGGCUAUUUCAAUUCUUGACAGUACCGCGCCCCAGCCCGGACUCCUUGUUGGCCGAGCAAAUGGCUUUCUGCACCUGUUGUCGACGGAACGCAACGACGUAGGACGCCCCCUUGCCUGCUUCCAACCCGUCCAUCGGGAUGGUGCGUCUGUUGUGGACCAGCGAGACGUCCGGCACGUUGAUACGAACAAAGCACAAGAUGCCAUCGUCGUCGCCACCAAGGGAGACGUCUUGUUCUACCCCCUGGCGCCCAGUCGAUGGCCAGUCGUCGAUGGUGGCCCGGCCCUGGACACGCCUGACGUUGUGGUCGAACCUACAGAGACUCUCAGCUUGAGGAGAAUGCAGCACUCUCACGACUUUAGAUUCCUGCGCGAGGCCAAGUUCAUGAGCAACGGGGACAUCGCCCUGUGCAUGACUGGCACAACGCAGCCCCUGCGUUAUCUCACGAGGACGCCCUCGGGAACGGUCUUGACUAAUGCACACAAGCUGCAGCCCUCGAAGCGAUGCGCGGAGUCAUACAUCUUGGGCGAAAACACCUUCCAAACCGCUCGGAGUCUUCUGCCCGUGAACACGGCCUCGGCCAUCGGUUGCUCCGGAAACACCAUCUUGAGCUCGUAUGAUGACGGAACCGUCCGGCUGCAGGAUCUCAGGAGUCCAUCCCCUAUCGAUGCCAUCUUUCAGGAUCAUUUUGAGUUGACCACCCCCGUCGGCCCCCUUCUGUCGUAUGGGGCCGAGAGGUUCAUUGCCGGAAGUGCGCGCAUGCCCAUUUUGAAGAUCUUCGACUAUCGAUGGACGAGGCCAUACUCCUACACCGACGCCCUCGCUUGCAGCCAGACUGAGCUGGGCCCUACACCGAAAGCCCUCACGGGGAUCCCGCCUCCGCGUCCGAGCGGCUACUCGGCCUGCUGUCAUCUAUCUGGACGCCACUGCGGCCUUCACUCGCUCGCACGAACCGACUAUUACAGACCCAACUGCAAUCUCUACCUUCCCGUCGUGUAUCCUGCUGUGACGCCAUUGUACUGCCUUGCCAAAUCGUCCGACACCGCGUCGACUGUGUACGCCGGUGUCACCGCCGAGCUGCUUACAAUCAGCCUUCGAGACUCUGUCGCCGAUAUGCGGGAGCAUUUCUGCAUACAAAAGAUGGGCGACAAAACUCGCUGCGGCUACCGCUAUCACGCGAGCCUCACGAGCUUGGUCGAAACGGGUGAUGGUAUUGCCUUGGGCGACAUUACCAAAAGCAAUAGGCUUCCACUGCUAUUCAAACAGAAGUCUGACGUGUUGCCUCCCUCUGCCGCCGGGGAACUCCGUCGGCUCGAUCAUGCUCUGCUGUAG